GUGACUUGCUUUCCCCUGCCCUGAAGCACAAGAAUACCAAGAUGAGAGCGGCCCUCACAGUUCACAAGCGAGUGGCAAUAGCCCUCUGGAACUUUGCAAUGCCAGACAGCUACCAGUCAGUCGGGAAUAAAUUUGGAAUGGGCAAUUUACUGUUGGGGCUGCUGUGAUCCAAGUAGCCAACGUGAUCACUGAGCUGCUGCUAUCAAGGGUAGUGACUCUGGGAAAUGUUCAGGUAAUAAUGCAUGGCUUUGCUGCAAUGGGAUUUCCUAACUGUGGUGGGGCGAUAGACGGAACCCAUAUCCCUAUCUUGGGACCAGACCACCAAGACAGCCAGUACAUAAACUGAAAGGGGUACUUUUCAAUGGUGCUGCAAUCACUGUGACUGAUGGAUUACAAGGGAUGUUUCACCAUCAUCAAUGUGGGAUGGCCGGGAAAGCGAUCAGAUCCAGUACCUCCCGUUUGGUCCAUGCUGGAGCUCUUUUGUGAUUCUGGGACUCCAUGAGCUGAUUGCUUCUGUCAACGUGCAUGGGCUGAAAUUGUGGAAAAGCAGUAUCACUUGCCCCAUAACCUAAGCCAUGCUGAACACAAUGCCAUCAACAGCCUCAAGAACAACUCUGCCAUCAUAAUCAAAAAGGCUGACAAAGGAGGUGCUGUCAUCAUCAUGAAUAGGUCGGAAUAUGAACAAGAGGCUGCUAGGCAGUUCUCUAACUCCACAUUCUACAGGCCAUUACCCUCUGAUCCCACUGAUGAUUACCAAAAGAAACUACACCAUCUGCUCAAAAAACUCCCUGAGAAAGCACAGGAACAGAUCUGUACAGACACACGUCUAGAACCCCGACCAGGUGUAUUCUAUUUGCUACUCAAGAUCCAUAAACCUGGAAAUCCUGGACGCCCCAUCAUCUCAAGCAUUGGCACCUUAACAGCAGGAUUGUCUGGCUAUGUGGACUCUCUCCUCAGGCCCUAUGCUACCAGCACUCCCAGCUAUCUUCGAGACACCACUGACUUCCUGAGGAAACUACAAUCCAUCAGUGAUCUUCCAGAAAACACCAUCCUGGCCACUAUGGAUGUGGAAGCCCUCUACACCAACAUUCCACACAAAGAUAGACUACAAGCCAUCAGGAAUAGUAUCCCCGAUAAUAUCACGGCUAACCUAGUGGCUGAACUUUGUGACUUUGUCCUCACCCACAACUAUUUCACAUUUGGGGACAAUAUAUACCUUCAAGUCAGUGGCCCUGCUAUGGGUACCCGCAUGGCCCCACAGUAUGCCAACAUCUUUGUGGCUGACUUAGAACGCUUCCUUAGCUCUCGUUCCCUAACGCCCCUACUCUACUUGCGCUACAUUGAUGACAUCUUCAUCAUCUGGACUCAUGGAAAAGAAGCCCUCGAGGAAUUCCACCAUGAUUUUAACAAUUUCCAUCCCACCAUCAACUUCAGCCUAGACCAAUCCACACAAGCGGUCCAUUUCCUAGACACUACUGUGCUAAUAAGCGAUGGUCACAUUAACACCACCCUAUACCAGAAACCCAUUGACCGCUAUACUUACCUACAUGCCUCCAGCUUCCAUCCAGGACACACCACACGAUCCAUUGUCUACAGCCAAGCUCUAAGAUACAACCGUAUUUGCUCCAAUCCCUCAGAUAGAGAUAAACACCUACAGGAUCUCUAUCAAGUAUUCUUAAAACUACAAUACCCACCUGCUGAAGUGAAAAAACAGAUUGACAGAGCCAGAAGAGUACCCAGAAGCCACCUACUACAGGACAGGCCCAGCAAAGAAAAUAACAGAACGCCACUAGCCAUCACCUACAGCCCCCAACUAAAACCUCUCCAGCGCAUCAUCAAAGAUCUACAACCUAUCCUUAAAGAUGAUCCCUCACUCUCACAGAUCUUGGGAGACAGGCCAGUCCUUGCUUAUAGACAGCCUCCCAACCUGAAGCAAAUACUCACCAGCAACCGCACACUAUACAACAUAAACACUAACUCAGGAACCUAUCCUUGCAACAAAGCCCGAUGCCAGCUCUGUCCACAUAUCUAUUCAAGUGACACCAUCACAGGACCUAAUCAUAUCAGCCACGCCAUCAGGGGUUUGUUCACCUGCACAUCUACCAAUGUGAUAUAUGCCAUCAUGUGCCAGCAAUGCCCCUCUGCCAUGUACAUUAGCCAAACCGGACAGUCACUACACAAAAGAAUAAAUGGACACAAAUCUGACAUCAGGAAUCAUAACAUUCAAAAAUCAGUGGGAGAACACUUCAACUUCUCUAACCACUCAGUGACAGACUUGAAGGUGGCAAUUUUGCAACAAAAAAACUUCAAAAACAGACUCCAAAGAGAGACUGCUGAACUCGAGUUAAUAUGCAAAUUAGAUACAAUUAACUCAGGCCUAAACAGAGACUGGGAAUGGUUGGGUCAUUACACUAAUUGAAUCUAUUUCCCUAUGUUAAGUUCUCCUCACACCUUCUAUGGGUCAACUUAAUUAUCACUUCAAAAGUUUUUUUUCUCCUGCUGAUGAUAGCUCAUCUCAAUUGAUUAGACUCUUCCAGUUGGUAUGCAUACUUCCACCUUUUCAUGUUCUCUGUAUGUAUAAAUAUCUCCUGUCUGUGUGUUCCAUUCUAUGCAUCCGAAGAUGUGAGCUGUAGCUCACGAAAGCUCAUGCUGAAAUAAAUUUGUUAGUCU